AGCGUAUAUGGAUGCGUCCUAAUUUCCUGCAGUACCAGAGAUAGACGCUUCUGUGAAUCAUUUCAGCUGUUACGCCGGUUUUGAUCACUCCCAGUUGUAGUCACAACAAUACAACAAUGAGCACCUCUCUUCUUGAUAUGGUAGUGCACUACCAGAGGAAAGUUGAGAGAAGCAAUGAUGAAGAAAAGAUCCUGCACUGCUUCAGCAAGCUGCAGAAGCUGCCGAUCACGGUGGAGGUUCUCUCCCAGACCGGCGUCGGGAAAACAGUGAACGCCUUCCGCCGCGACCCCGGGCCUGUCGGCGAGACCUCCCGCAAACUCGUCGCCAAGUGGAAAGACAUCUUCGAGGAGAACGAAAAGCGCCUGAAGCGGCUCAAGGCUGAGAAAGAGGCGGCAGCACGGGCAGAGCGCGAGCGGAGCCGCGCGGGGGAGAGGGGGCACGAUAAAGAGCGACACCGAAACAGGGACCGGGAGCGGAGCCGAGAGCGGAGCCGGGAACGGAGUGAGGAGCGCGGCCGGGAGCACAGCGAGGAGCGCGGCCGGGAGCACAGCGCCGAGAGGAGCGCCUCCCCGGCCGACAGCGAGGCCAGCGACAGGAUGGAGGUGGAUGAGGCCCGCGCUCUGGAGGAGCAGGCGAGAGCGGACGCAGAGGCGGAGGCAGCGGCAGAGGCGGCCCGACAGGCGGAGGCCGAGAGGCGGGCUAAAGACGAGGAGAAGCGCCGGAGACGGGAAGAGCGAGCCAGGCGUGAGGCGGAGAAGAAUGGUGUGGUGGUAAAGGAGGAACACAAAUCACACAGUAGCCGAGACAAACACUCCAGCAGUGACAAACACAGAAAGGAGAGCAAACACCGAAAACACGAGCCUCCGUUAGAGAACGGGCAUUCAGAGCCGCUGUUUGCAGUGGUGAAAGAGGAGAAAUCCGACCACAGGCACAACGGCAGAUCAGAGGGCGAGAAAAGUCACCACAGCAGUCAUCACCACCGCUCAAAACACGGCUCGUCGAGUGGACAUUCGUCAGGAGACAAGCAUGCGUCGCCUGACGAACAGUACACGCCUAGCGAGAAGCAUCACUCGUCGUCCGAGAAGCGUUCUUCGAGUGAGAAACACUCAUCCAAAGACAAAUCACGUGGUGAUGAGGCGUCCUCAUCAAAAUCACAUCACAAAUCUCGCUCCAACGGCGCGCUUGAAGCCAGUCACAGUUCUUCAUCAUCGAAAAAGUCUUCACACGCCGACAGCGAGACGGAUGCUUCGCGAGAGGCGCGGCGAAGCAAGCACAAGUCGAAGCGAGACAAACACGAGAAGCGCAGCAGCAAGUCGGAGAAGAAGGAGGAUAAGAAGCCGGUGAAACUCCGCGAGGUGGACUUCUUGUGUCAGCCCGGAGGAAACGACAGCGAUGCAGAUCAGGGAGGAUCGUUCGCUGACGCGCUAGGAGGCUCAGACGCAACACCAAAGAAGAAGAAAAAGAAAUCCAAGUCGUCUUUGUCCUCACAUGCCGCUUCAUCUUCUUCUGCUGCCUCUGCAGUACCUACAUAUAUUCCCACGCGCGUGGCCGACCUGCCGCGGCCGCCGCCACCGCCGCCGGCCAUGGAGGUCCUGGACGCGCUGCCGGAAAUCUCGGCCACCUACCGUCCGCUGCCGCGGCCCGCCGCCCCCGCCGCCGCCCCCGCCCGACCGGCCGCCAAACGGGCGCUGGACGAGGAUGAGGCGCUCAAGGCGGUGCUGGCCGGCAAAAACAAACGGACGAAGGUGUACUCGGGCGCGCGAUCCACCGGCCUGUCUCGUGUGCCGACACUGUUGGAUAUCUGCCUGCGGUGUCUCAUGGAAAACAUCGACAACGUGGAGCAGACUGGCGGCGUUCCGUACGAGAUUCUGCGCACGGUACUGGAGAAAUGCACAGCCAACCAGCUGAGCACCAUCGAGUACUACAACCCCUACCUGCUGGAGGACACGGACGUGCUCUGGGAGGCGCUGGUCAAGAAGGAGUUCAAGUGCGAGAGACGAGAGGAAAUGGAGACCUGGAGGGAGAUGUAUGCGCGCUGUUCGGAGGAGCGUGAGCAAAAGUACAACAAGCUGCGCUCGAUGAUCGAGGGAAAGCGGAAGGAGUCGCUGGCCAGCAGCAGGAAGACCAAGGUGGCCUACGAGCACACGGUGGCCAAGCCGCCCAGGAACAUCGCUAGGAAACAGGCCAAGCACGGCACCGCAGUGGCAGCCUCGAUGCCGGCCCCGACCGUGCUGGCGGGGGGUGGCAGCCGUCCGCCGCGGCCGGCGCCCGGUACCGACCCCACCAGUCGACCGGCGGCUCCCAACCGGGCCGCCGCGCCGCCCAAGAAGAAGGCGCCGCUGAUGGCCAAAGUCCUCCGCGCCAUGGGCCGCAGGUGAGACGCCUCCUCUCAUUGGUCGCCCGUUUGAAACACGCCCUCCUAUUGGCCGUGACACCCCGGCCGCGGCUGUGAUUGGCUGGACGACGUAGCGCCCCCGCCUCCCAUUGGCCGGCCGUCGGGGAGCGCGCUGUCAUUGGUGAGUCGCCGCCUGCCGUGUGUGACGUCACCUCCGUGUGGUGUGACGUCACCGCUCGUGCUCUGCUCGGCGCAGCGCUUUCGUCCAGAAGAUUCCGGCGGGCUGACGGAGCCUGCUGUCUGCAAUAUAUCAGUUAAAGCGUGUUCUGCACUGGGGAGCCUUCGCUCGGGCGGUGUAUGAAUCGUUUCGCGGCUGUCUGCAAUCUUCUGCGAUUGGUUGUCUGUGAUGAUGGGUGUUCCAGGGUGUUUUCGAGAAUACUGGCACUGUUCUGCCCGUGAAGGGAAUGUUGUGGUUCCCUCUCGCGCGGUGGCAGCACUGGUCGCGUGAGAAAAGCGGGAAUACCUGGGUAGAUGCGGUCGCAAGUGUGUUGCGGUGGGUUUAGGUCUGUUCCCUGGGUCUCCUAGACUGUCCCGGACUCCGAAUAAGCGGUCUGGGCUGGUAUGGUUUGAGCUCCUAUAUUUGAUCUGUCUGCGUGUUUGUUCCAUUAAUAUGGUAUCUUGUUGGGUCAGAUACGGUCUGCUAACUCUGUUCAAGUCUAAUCAUACUUAUUUGGUGCUGGGGCUCCGCAAAUUCAAGUUCGUUGUCUUGUUCUCUCGCUAUCGCUCCCGAUCCCUAUCUUGUUGGACGUGGCUUGUGCUGAUUUGUUUUGUUGUGAUUGGAUCAUUUUUAUGUUUUUAUUAAUGUUUUAUGCUUUGAUUUUGGUUGGAUUCCGAUUUGGUUAUGGUUUGUUCUUGCCUUGAUAUUUGCUAGUUCUUGAUUAACUUCUGCUUUGAUCCAGGUUGGAUCCCGCUCCGGUAUUAGUUUAAUCGUGGUUUGAUCAUGAUAUCAUCCUUUGUUAAUCCUGGCUAGAUCCCCGUUUCACAUCUCUCGAUUCUAAUCGACUCUGCCGGGAAGACCUGGUGUAACACAACUCUCACGUCCAGUUGGGAUCAGAACUUUCGAUCACCUUUUUCUAACGAUAUCUGCCUGUUACUUACUGGCAGGGAAGUGGUUCCUUUCCCUCGCGACAAUGCUAGGCUAGCCACCGCCUAAUUGUCGCUCACUUACCAACCGAGCCUGGUCGAAGAAUGUUAGUCCGUUUUAGGACUCGUAUAGGAACCGGGGAGCGUUCGUCCGAGAUUGGUUCGUUCUAAUUAGUCCGUUCUAAUUAGUUUGUUCUGAUUGGUUCGUUCUAAUUGAUCCCCGUCAAUCGACUUUCGUUCCCCGUCAAGCUGUAUGGUCUGACCCGAACAUUUCAGUAUGUUCGGGUGCGUUGUUUGCCUAUAUUAUGUCAGUGUGUUUCAGAGUGUUGUGCAAUGCGAUUUCCCAACUAUACUGGCUGGCUAGGGCAGUAACUCCAACACAGCCGAGGAGUGAAUGCUGCCCAACCAGGCUAUCCCCAUGAAAUAAACUUAAUAUCGCUAGAAUAUCGCGGUAAUUACGUCGCCAAAGCUGCGCGGAGAUGAACUAUCGAGAAAUAUGUACACCUAUAUCGUCACACUGCAUUCAUGUCGCACGAUUCCCAAUGAAAUGUUGUGUGCAUGUGUUUGUUUGCUUUGUUGGUGUGGGACUACUUAUUUUGAGCUCAUGAUGUGCCGGGUGACUUGCUGCGUGUUGGCAUAAUGGCCCGUUCAUGGGGUUAUAACAGCAUUGUCUGCGUUAUCGGCGCAGAGGGUAAUGUAUUUUAUCGGGCAGAGCUGCGAUUGGCGGAUAUGAGCACCAAACUGGCGCUGAUUGGUCGCUCGGGUCAUCGCUGUCGCCUGAUUGGCUGACAGUUUCCGCGGCGCUCUCUGAUUGGCUGUUGGCGCGGCCCAUCGGUCGGUGAUUGGUCGCCACGCGUGAGAAGCCUUUGUGAUUGGAUGUUUGCUGUUGCGGUGUUGUUGGACUAUGAUCUGGCGAAGUGUAGUGAGAUGUGGUGACCUGGGGUCGCUAGGUCGCUGGGUGGGUCGCCAGCUGUUUCCAUCCGGGGUGACCUCCAAGGGUCGCGCGCCAGGGCUGUGUGGAGGCCACGACGCACCCCCGAUGAUGCUAUUUUGUGAAAUGGUUGUAAUACAAAAGCAACCAUC